CUCCCUCAGAAAAAAGAUAAGCUAAAGGCAGGACGGGGGAUGAAGAUGGCGGACGCCAAGCAGAAGCGGAACGAGCAGCUAAAGCGAUGGCUGGGCUCGGAAACGGACUUAGAGCCGCCCAUCAUUAAGAAGAAAAAGACAAAAGUUAAAUUCGACGACGGCGCUGUUUUCCUUGCCGCCUGCUCGAGCGGUGACACGGACGAAGUGCUCAAGUUACUGGACCGGGGCGCUGACAUCAACUACGCCAAUGUGGACGGACUCACCGCCCUACACCAGGCCUGCAUUGAUGAUAAUGUCGACAUGGUGAGGUUUCUUAUUGAACAUGGAGCCAAUAUCAAUCAGCCAGAUAAUGAAGGCUGGAUACCAUUGCAUGCUGCUGCAUCCUGCGGAUACCUUGAUAUUGCAGAGUAUCUAAUUAGUCAAGGAGCAAAUGUCGGGGCUGUUAAUAGUGAAGGGGAAACUCCACUUGAUAUUGCUGAAGAAGAAGCAAUGGAAGAACUGUUGCAGAAUGAAGUGAAUCGUCAAGGAGUGGAUGUAGAAGCAGCUCGGAAAGAAGAGGAGAGGAUAAUGCAACGUGAUGCACGCCAGUGGUUGAAUAGUGGCCAGAUCAAUGAUGUUCGGCAUAUGAAAUCUGGUGGGACGGCAUUGCAUGUGGCAGCUGCAAAGGGUUAUGUAGAAGUUUUAAAGCUUUUAAUCCAAGCUGGGUAUGACGUAAAUAUUAAAGAUUAUGAUGGAUGGACGCCACUUCAUGCCGCAGCACAUUGGGGUAAAGAGGAGGCUUGUCGUAUUUUGGUAGAAAAUUUGUGUGAUAUGGAAACUGUUAACAAAGUGGGUCAAACUGCCUUUGAUGUUGCAGAUGAAGAUGUUCUUGGUUAUUUAGAAGAACUGCAAAAGAAGCAGACCUUGCUGCUAAAUGAAAAACAAAAAAAGAAAUCUCCUUUGAUUGAUGAUACUGCUACACUGGAUAAUAAUCAGCCACCAAGCAAAGAGAGUCUCCUGAUUGAACAGGAGAAGAAUGUAACCCCUACUGAAUCUGUAGAGCAGGAAAAAGCGGAUGAGGAGGAAGAGGGGAAAAAGGAUGAAUCAAGCUGCUCUAGUGAGGAAGAGGAGGAAGAGGACUCGGAAUCUGAAACAGAAGGGGAAAAAAGUAAAACUUCUGCACCUGUAAAUGAUGCGAAUAGUACCGCAACACAGCCAGUCAGCGUGACGGUAUCCUCUACUCAGGUGACUCCUACUUCACCAGUUAAGAAGUUUGCUCCACCUGCUGGAAAAGUCUCCCCCAAAGAAGAGGAAAGGCGAGAUGAGUCCCCUGCUUCCUGGAGGUCAGGUCUUCGUAAAACUGGCAGCUAUGGAGCUCUGGCAGAGAUCACUUCUGCCAAGGAACCUCAAAAGGAAAAAGACAACACUGGGGUUAUGCGUUCUGCAUCCAGUCCUAGGUUGUCAACCACGCUGGAUAACAGAGAGAAAGAAAGGGAAAGAGAUAACAGAGGAACUAGGCUUGCGUAUGUGACACCCACAAUACCAUCAAGGAGGCUUGCUAGCACAUCUGACAUUGAUGAAAAGGAAAACAGAGAUUCUGCUGCUAGUUUGGUGCGGAGUGGGUCAUACACUCGAAGACGAUGGGAUGAAGAUCUUAAGAAUAAUGAAGGAAACACUUCUCCAAAUAAAACCCCAAGUUAUCAGCGCAGCACUUCGUACUCUCUAGCAAUUGGCAGAAGUAGCAGUGUGAGAGAUGUACCAUCUAAGUCUUCAUCUGCCAUCAGCUUGGAGCCUAAUAACACUAAACCUUGGCAGUCUUCUUCUCAGUGUUCAUCUUACAGCAUUUAUAGAAGUGGCUCUUUUGGAAGAAAACCAGAUGAUGUAGUUAAUUCCAAUGUUCCAUCCACACUGCCUCUUACCUCACCCACUGGUCUUCAAAGGAGUUUUCUCUCCAGUACAAAUACCACUACCAAAUCAGCAGUAUCAACAACACCAACCUUCACAAGCAGUACCUCAAAUCGGUUUUGGCCUGAGGAAACUGGGGACAAGGAGAAGGAGUCUGGGCCUGCAUCUGUGGCAGUUAUUCCUACCAUUAUCAAUACAGCGGCCACUACCACCAGCGGCACCACUACUGGAAAACCUGUUACGACUGAUAGUCGGGAGAGACGCAGAUCUUACCUCACUCCUGUCCGAGAUGAAGAGUCAGAAUCACAAAGAAAAGCAAGGUCACGGCAGGCAAGACAGUCGAGAAGGUCAACGCAGGGUGUAACACUAACUGAUCUCCAAGAAGCUGAAAAAACUAUUGGCAGAAGCCGUCCAACUCGUCCUAGAGAAGAGGAAAAAGAAAAGGAAGAAAAAGAAAAACAGGACAGGGAAAAACAAGAAGAGAAGAAAGAGUCUGAAACACGAGAAGAUGACCAGCGGGCACGGUAUCGGGACUUAGAAGAGACUUACCAGCGCUCACGGUCAAUAAACAGUUCAACCACAUCUUCUACAUCCUCUGGUUCACUAACCUCCUCAGGCAGCUCUUUAUAUUCAUCUAGUUCAUUAAAUAGGCCUAACAGUUUAAUAGGCAUAACUUCUGCGUACCCCUGCUACUCUAGGACUUCAUACAGAGAAACGGAAAAAGAAGCUGACAAAAAAGAGGAGGAUAAAGAAGACGAUAAAUCAGAUGAUAAGUCUCAACACAGAUCUGUACGAGACAGAAGGCGACCUAGAGAAAAACGGCGGUCCACAGGAGUUCCUGUUUAUACACACGAUAGUGAUGAAAAUGAUCAGGAACAGUCGGAUACAGAAGAAGGAGUUAGCAAAAAUGAGUUACAGACUGAUCGUCUAUUCAGCUGCAGUGAAAACAGAAAACCAUAUAACAGCAGAGUGGACCGACAAGAUACAAUUGACUAUAAAAAGCUUUAUGAACAGAUACUUGCGGAGAAUGAAAAACUGAAGGCACAACUACGUGAUACAGACUUGGAGCUUGCAGAUUUAAAAGUACAGCUAGAAAAGGCAACACAGAGGCAAGAACGAUUUGCUGACAGGUCACUUUUGGAAAUGGAAAAAAGGGAAAGGAGAGCCUUGGAAAGGAGGAUAUCAGAGAUGGAGGAAGAACUUAAGAUGCUACCAGACUUGAAAGCAGACAACCAGAGGCUAAAGGAUGAAAAUGGAGCCUUGAUUAGAGUCAUAAGCAAACUUUCAAAAUAAUGUUUUUUUUUCCUGUUGAAGCAACUAAUUUUAUUGCACAUUAAUAUUAAUUGCAACAGACAUCAGCUUUGAGGCAAAAAUUUGCCCUCCAUCUGCAGAAUUCCCUUGCCCCGUGUUUACCACCCCGUAACAGGGCUUUUUUUUUUUUUUUUUUUUAAAUAAACCUGCAGUCGUUGGCAAAAUGGGCUUGACUGAGUUGGCAGAGAAAACUCUGCCAGAAACAUUAAAGCCAGGGAUCAUCUGCUAUAUUAACCAGUAAGCCUUAGUAUGUACAUAAACACUUGCAUCAAGAGCGCUCCACUUUCACUGAAGAACAGUUCUUCAACACAGGACUUGUGCCACAGAAACUUAUCUGCUAUUUUGUUUUAUUCGUCAUCAGCUUAGAAGUGGUGUGUGCUAUGCUGUUUAACUCCUGACAUCUCCUUAUUCCAGAUGUAAUUCCCUAGGUGCUGACAGCUGUUUUUUCUGGAGUAGACCCAGACAAUGCAAAAUUAAAACCGUUUUCUCCCCAUUUUGAACCGGUGGACUAUGUGGAACAUUAGCUUUCACUAUAUGUGCAAUAUGCAUCUAUUCUAUUCUUUAAAAACAAAUUGGUAGACGACGUCUUGUCUGCCUUUGUUCACCAUUGCUUUUUUGUUUGUGCUUUUUUCUUUUGUGCAUUCUGUUUUUAGUUUGUAGUGUAACAAUUCAUUAUACUGUAAUUUUCACUUCAUUUUAGCCGGUACUGAGUGAUGCUGUAUAUAUGUACUGUUUGAUUUUCAAACCACCACAUGGCAUGUGUUUUUGCUUCCCUAUUAUGAAAGCCUGUUACUGUUAAAAUAAAGGACUCCAGAAUAGUUUUUUUUUUUUUUUUUUUUUUUUUUUUAGGGUUUUUUUUUAUUAUUAUUAAAUAAGUGGGUUUCAUUUGUGCUUUAUUAUGAAACCCAAGAAUCAUAGUGUGACAAAAUGUGAAAACAGAUAUGCUGUUUUGUUUUUGUCUGUUCAGUAAAACAUUUGAUAAUACAGUUUAAUUUUUUUCACUACAUUUCACAUAUUGUAAAUGUUUGGAACCAUACAAUUUUCAAAAUAUUAUUAGCCAAAGUGUUAUCAACUAAAAGUGUGAAGUAUAUUGAAACUUAAGUUGGUUUUUCAAUCAUAGUCUACAUGCACUGUUUAAUGCCAUGUGAAGUCAUUUAUAGUUGGAGACUAUUCAUUUUGUCAAAGAUCAGAAUUCAGACCAUAUUUUAUUCAUUUCAGUGGCCUUUUAACUUUUACUGUAGUGAAUGUUGCUAUAGAUGAGAUUGUCAGAUUUUGUUCCUCAUCUUUCCCUAACCUCCUUUGCCCUGGUAACACCCUGUCAACAAGUGUGAUUUCCUACUGGCACACAUUGUGCUGAGACCUAAAACCACUGAAGAAUUCUGCUUAUACAGAUUGUACAUUGUAAAGCUUGCGGUAACUGUUGUAUUAUCAUUGACUAUAUUGUAUACUAUAUUAAAUGUGAGUUUAUACCCCUUCAUGCAGAACAGCAAAGUCAUUGUGUUCUGUCACUUAUUUUUAUUUUAACAACUGGGCUAAUGCCCGUCUCCCCUCAAUAUUUUGGUAAUUGGUUUUCUGUGGAUGUGAGGUCAUGCUCAUACUAUCAAGCUCAGGUGUCUUACCUUUUUUAAUAUAAAUCUAUAUAUAUAUAAAAGGUGUAUAUACAGAGUAUAUAUAUUUAUUUUAAAAAAGGUACAAGGAGAAUCUGAUCAUUAACUGAGGACUGAUACUGUAUGAAUGUUGGGUAAAUUUAAGAAUGUAGCACUGAAGAGUAGACGUUUGAGUGGCAGUGAACAGUGGGUUUACUGGUUAGUCACACUGUGAAACUGAUAAUUGAAAACCUUAAAGAGUGUUUUUAGUGUUGGGUGCAUGUGCAGAUCUAACAUAGAUACUUGUUUCUAGUAUUUUAGUGUUUUAUAUUUAGGUUAUUUAUUCUUUAUAUCUGAAAAAAGAAAAAAUGGCUGCAGUGCUAUAAUUUUAUUGGUUGUACUGAGCUGACCUUGUAUCAUCAUAAAACUAGUUACUGAAACUCUGAUAUUUUGGGAAAAAAAUGUAUUUUGACAUACUCAAAUAAAAAUGAAUAAAACAA